AUGCGAGUUCUGGUUCUCUCCGCUUUAUUCGCCUGCGCAGCAGCAGCGCCAUCCUACCUAAACCUACCAAUUGUGGGGCCUAUCGUCACAUUUGCUGCACCACUCACAGUUCCAGCUGGAGAUGUACAAGCAGCCGUCAUCAACGCUCAGGUGAGACUAACAGACGAAGCCCGCGCCAUGGCCGACCAAGCACGCGAGCUGCAAGAACAAGUCAUUGAAAACCGCAACGAAGGAGUCAUUGAAGCCAACGAUCUAGCAAAGGAAAAGAGCGAAGAACUAUUCUGGUCAGCUGAGGAGAAGAAAUGGCAAGCUUUAGAAGCCACCCAAACAGCUGAAGCUGCUUUAGAUGGAACUUUAUCCAACAACGCUGAAAACAUUGCCAAAUCUGCCAUGGAAGGCAACGUAGCUAAUGUCGCUGAAGUUGUGGCAGCUCCUGUCGAAGUGGCCGCUAAGGAAGAAGUCGCUGAAGCUAAAUCCGAAAUAAAAACUGAAGAUAAAGAAGUUAAGGUUGAAGCCAAGGCCGCUGAAGCACCAGAAAGUCCUAAGGAAGAGAUGGCUAAAGACGCUGUCCAGACAGUCGUCCACCCAAUACCAGUUGGUCUGGCACCAAUCAGCUACCAAGCUAUUAACCCAGUUGGGUAUGCGCAAAUAGGUCUAAGGGCUCUUCCUUUCCCCAUCCCAGUGAGACCCUACUACAAUCCAGUUUUCAACACUCUCUAUUAA